CUUGUUUUGAACAGAAUGAACCUGCCCUACUGCUGCAAAACACCCCGGGUCCUCGUCUGCUGGUUCUUUUUACCCAUUACACACAACGCAGAGUACAUACAGCAGAUGAGUCAGAUGAUGGCGGCUACAGGACCUUUAUUCUGAAAGCACGCACCGGAUGUACCAGCUUCCGUCCCUCUAGCCGACCCGAACUGUCAGCAGCAGAGGUCUCACCGCGGAACCGACCCAGACACGCGACAGGUUCGGAUCAAGAUCCGGGACCGAACUCCACGAUGACCCAGGAAAAUAUUUUCCUCUUUGUUCCGAAUUUAAUCGGUUACGCCCGUGUGGUUCUGGCGCUGCUGUCCUUCUACCUGAUGCCCAGCAGUCCGUGGCCGGCCGUCUUCUGCUAUCUGCUGAGCGCGCUGCUGGACGCCUUCGACGGCCACGCCGCACGGGCGCUGGACCAGGCCACCAAGUUUGGCGCCAUGAUGGACAUGCUGACGGAUCGCUGCGCCACCAUGUGUCUGCUGGUCAACCUCGCGCUGCUCUACCCCUCCUACGCCUUCCUGUUCCAGCUCAGCAUGAGCCUGGACAUCGCCAGCCACUGGCUGCACCUGCACAGCUCCACGGUGAAAGGCUCAGGAAGCCACAAAACCAUCGACCUCUCUGGGAACCCGAUCCUCCGGCUCUACUACACCUCCAAGCCAGUUCUGUUCGUGAUGUGCGCUGGGAACGAACUCUUCUUCUGCCUGCUCUACAUCCUGCAUCAUAUCCAGAACCCGGCAGGUUGGCUCCACCCCCUCCUCGCUCUCUGCGGCGCCGUCUCCCUCCUGAAGGCGGCCAUCAGCGUUCUCCACCUGGUCACCGCCUCCCAGAACAUGGCCGCCCUGGACGCCGCGGAGCGCGCCAAGAGGCUCUGAGCGGCCCGAUGGACUCGGUACCAGUUCUGGUCCGGCCCGAUUGAAACGCCUCAUUCAUGACCAAAUUUCAUAAAAUCACAAAUAUUCCAGCUUUCUUGGUUGCUUAGCAACCAAAUAUUACAGAUUAGAGAGAAAACAUCCCAUAAUCCCUGGACUGGUCCGGUUCUGAUCCGGUUCCGGUCCGGCUCUCAUCAUGUGAUCCGGGUCGGGUGUCCAGCUCAGGCAGAACCAGCACAUCCAGACUGGGUUCUCUGGUUCUGGUGGACCUGUUACCCGGGCCCGACUUGUUCUGAAGGUUCUGCAGAGUCCUGAACCGCCGGGCUUUGGGCCCACAGAACCUCAGCAGAAUCAACAGAACCCGUCAGAACUUCAUUCCUCCAGAACUCAUCUGGGUCAAACUGGGCUCCGUUCUGGUUCUGGUCGGCUUACCGCUCCGAUUCCUUUGAUGUUGUGAUGAAAUGUUCAGUAUUUGGUGUCCAGGAACCGGGCCGGUUCCGGACGCGUAGAACCGGGCCGGGUUCUGGAGCUUUUAUUAUGAUGUAAUUUAUUAUUAUUAUUAUUAUUAUUGAGAAUUUCCAAUAAAAUCUGGAAACUCGCCGUUUCUCCAGAAAGAGGUUCUGGAGGUGGGUUCUGGGUUCUAUUGGACCGGGUCAUGUUGUCUUUGAUGCACUUUGUGUUUUCAUAGGAAUUCUGGGAAUCUGCUUCUUUAGUUUUUAUUAUUUGAUGUGAAAUGAGAAUAAAGUUUUGCUGCAGCUGGUUUUG